CUUGCCCAAGUGGCUGAGGAGAGGGAAGUCUGGGCCUCUCUCCUCAGGCUGCUGCCCCCGUGACCCAAACCCGGAUAAGCAGAUGAUAAUGGAUGGAUGGACGGACUUUUACAACUAACUUCUUUUGUUAAGUGACCAACAACCAGCUGGAUCAUGCACUGAUAAACACUAACUGAAUUUGCUGAGGCUGAAAAUGUUUAACAUGCAAGCUUUUCAUAAUCCACAACUCCACCUUUUCUUCAGCCAGCUGACAGGAAACCUGGAGUCGGCCUAUAUAAGAACAUUCCUUCACAGCUCUGGAGGAGGCCCCUCAGUCACCACACCGACCAGGCAGACAAAAUGAAGCUACUGAUAGUUGCUGCUGCUUUUCUGGCUCUAGCCAGCUGUUGCAACGGCUCUCCAGAAGACAACGCGUUUCACGCCUGGAAACGCAAGCAGGAGAAAACUUACAGGUCUCCAGAAAACGAGGAACGUUGCAGGAAAAACUUUUUUGACAACCGCAAAGAGAUCUCGACGCACAACGCAUUAGCAGAUCAAGGCAAAAAGUCAUUCCGCCUUGGCUUGACCCCUUUUGCUGACUUGACUCAUGAAGAUUACAAGAAACAUGUUUCCAGGGGCUACCUGAAUUCCACCCUGUCUCUCAGUAGCUCUACCUUUUUGGUGUUGUCUACUGUAAACAGUCUGCCCGACGCAGUGGACUGGAGGAACACGGGUUACGUUACAGGAGUCAAAGACCAGAAACAGUGUGGCUCCUGCUGGGCUUUCAGCACAACUGGUUCACUGGAGGGUCAGUACUCCAAGAAGACAGGAAAUCUGGUGUCUCUGAGUGAGCAGCAGCUAGUCGACUGCUCUGUUACAUUUGGCAACAAGGGCUGCAUGGGUGGCUCAAUGGUCAACGCCUACAAGUACAUCAAAGCAAACGGAGGGAUCGACACAGAGGCCUCCUACCCGUAUGAGGGAGUGAAUAAAACCUGCCGGUACAACCCCAACACCAUCGGCGCCAACUGCACAGGCUUCGUUGCCAUAAGUUCAGGUAACGAAGGCGCCCUGAAGCAGGCCGUGGCCACCAUCGGACCCAUCUCUGUGGCCAUCGAUGCAUCUCAAAGUUCCUUCCAGCUUUAUGCUUCAGGAGUGUAUGAUGAAUCUGCCUGCAGCAACUCUCGUCUGAAUCACGCUAUGCUGGUUGUGGGUUAUGGCACUGACAAUGGAAAGGACUACUGGCUGGUCAAAAACAGCUGGGGAGUUACUUGGGGAGACCAGGGGUACAUCAAGAUGCUCAGGAACAAAAAUAACCAGUGUGGCAUCGCCACUGCAUCCAGCUACCCUCUGGUCUGAUCAGACAUUUGCAGGCAGCAAGCAGGUUGUUAUUAUCCGUAGACAUGAAUACAUGGAUUCCAUGUUGCUGCCCAAUUUGGUGGGAUCCUCACACUCCAAAUGCAACCGGAGUCAACACAAUGUGAUCAACUAUGUAACGGAAUGAAAGGACUGUUUCCCCUCUCCUCUGACACAGGACUAGUCUGCAUGAGAUAUGACCUCAAAGAUCUCAUGCAUUUGCUUCUAACCUGCUUCUUUUCAGCUCAACAGAAGAAUGAAGAAUGGACUCUCUCGUUUUAAUUAAUCAAAGAACUCUAUUUUAAUAAG